AUGGCAACUAAAAUUUCAACAGAAUUAUUGAUUAUAAUAUUAAAUAAUGUUAAAUCAAUUCAAGAUUUAUAUUCAUCAUUAUUAGUUAAUCGAUUCUGGUGUAAAGUUACGAUACCUAUACUUUGGGAAUUAGUUUUGGAUCAAGAAUUUAAUUGGGAUAAUUUGAGGAAUAAAGCGUUAUGUAUUCGAACUUAUGUAUCAUGUAUGGAUACUCAAGCCAGAACUUUACUUACACGAAAUGGAUUUGAUUUAUCAUCAUCACCGCCUCAAGCUACUUUUGAUUAUCCAUCAUUCACUCAUAAAUUAAGAAUUAAUAAUUUGGCUUAUUUUAAUUCCGAAUAUUUUGAUUCAAGUCAAGUUCCCGAAAAUUAUUCUCACGAUCUAAAUUAUAAUGAUUUGAUUGGUUCAAUUAUCAAGUUACCUGGAGUUUCGAAAUCAGAAUCUCAAGUGCAAUUAUUAGAAAAACUUAUUAGUGUUCAAAAUCUAUCAAUUAUUGGUAAUGUAGAUUUUUAUCAUUUUGAGGAGAAGUCAUCACCAAUUGGGCAAUUUACUUCAUUUAAAAAACUUUAUAUUGAAUAUUGUUUACUUUAUAAAUCGGAUAGUUUAUUCUUUGCUUCAUCAAUUACUCAAUUAAGAGAUUUUCAUUUGGCUAUGGAAAAAGGAUUGGAUGCUAAUUAUUUAUUAUGUAAAUGGCCGAAAGUGUACAGAUUUAGAAUGGGAAUGUUUAGAUCUGAAAGUUUAAGAAAAAUUUUUGAAGUGUGGAUUCGUAAAGGAGGAGGAAGAAAUAAAAAGAUUAUUGUAAAACUUCAAUCACGACUAUUUACAUUAAGUGAUGAGCAUUUUAAAGUUAUUGAUGAAUAUGGAAAUAAACAUUCAGGUUCAGAAUCAUUUAUGAGCUUGAAUUUUUAG